AGUAGCAUUAAGGGUGGAUUCCAUACCAGUUUGGGAAAUUUGUGGUCCACAAAUUCGAUAAGAGGAACAUGCCAUUUAACAGUAGGAUAGCACCUCUUUAAACUCAAUGUUUAGUACAUAUGGAGAUUGACUGUAGUAACACAUUUCUGGGUGACGUAUUCGGGAAGCACUUUGACGGCGAUGUUGCCAUCGACUGUUUUGGAGCCAAGCGAAGGAACGUUAUCAGCAGAUAUAAUCGCAAACCGGAGGUAUACAAGUCGACUGCUCAGAGCCUCUCGGACCUACUCAGAGAGGGAGCCACAAGCAUUUACUCAUCUCUAACCCAGGUACAAAGGGAAGCAAAAGGAGAGCAUGUGGAUGCUGUAACUCAGGAUGAAAAGGAUGACCACUCCAAGGUAAACGUCCGCCAGGUGUGGAACAGCAUGCUCUGCAUUUCAGGAGCUGGACUGGGGAUGCUUAGUCUGAGCCUACUCGGCAUCUUUGGUGUCUGCGCAGCAGCUGGUGUCUCAUGCUCGGCGCUAGUCUGCAAGAAAUGUCUACAAAAGCAUGAAGUAGGUCAAGGACAUGACUGUGGCAUUGUCCCUCUAAAUGUAAGCAAUGAGUACAAGCCAUCGACUCUUGCCAACCACUCUAGACCUGGUUUUUAUUCCGCAACUGAAUAUAUACCCAUUUAUGGGCAGACUUUCAAGUAUUGA